GUGGGCUUCUUCUGCUGAAGAAUUUAUACGCAUUCAUUCGGAAGCUUUAGAAAGCGAUCAUGUAUCGAAAAAUUUACACAUUUGGAUUGAUUUGUCAUUCGGAUGUAAACUUAGCGGUGCUGAUGCGGUUGAAGCAAAAAAUGUUGCAUUACCGCUUUUGGACGGUCAAAAUUCUUUUAUGAAGCACGGGAUCACUCAACUUUUUUCGGAUCCACACCCACAGAAAAUUGUGAAAUCUGAUAGCAAUAAAAGAUCUCCUGUAAAUAUUAAUGGCAAUAUGUCAUUGUUAGAAAAAUAUGAAAAUAUCUCGAGUAAAAAACGAAUACAACUCAAGCCUACAGAUUCGAAUAAACAAUUGGUCGAAGUCGUUGGAGAUUUGUUAGGAUCUGAAAAGACCAUGGGAAAAUAUCAAACUAUAUCUUCGCGAUUAAAAUCACCAAAGUUGGCCCCUACUUCAAAACAAUUAUCACUAUACGAUGCUGUUUCACUUGAUGAAAAGGAUCCAAAAGAUCCUAUUUCUCGUUUUGAAGCUUUAUCCGCAUAUAUUAAUUCUUUUCCAAUACAUUUACCGGAUGAUAUUGGUGACGAGUACUUUAUUGAAAGCCUGAACAAUUUUGAACAAGCACAUUCUUUUUCCGCAAAAUAUCUCCCCCACAAGUAUAUAAAACAUGAAUACUCACAGCAUUUUGGUAAUAUUCAGAGUAGUCAUAAACAAGACACGGCAAAUGAAACAGUUGAUUCAUAUUUUGCAUAUGGAAGGGCAUGGGAUGUUUAUUGCCUUGGAGAAAUCAUUCAAAGCAUAUAUUUCGCUGUAAAAAAUGAUGACGGAAUAUCAAUCCUUUCAGUACACCAGCAUCAAAAUGGUGCAAAUCAAAAAGACUUUUAUAAGUUACCACUUUCCGUGCAAAAAGUUGUGUCAUCAUUAAUGUCUCCAAAUUGGAAACAACGUCCUUCGAUUGAUGCUUUGCUUUAUUCAUCCGUUCCUGCGAUGGGUUUAUAUGAUGAAGGUUUAACUUUACCGUUGCCAGAAUGUGUUCCUGAAGCUUAUGAAUUCUUGACCGAUUUUCAUCGGGUUGAUUGGAUUGGAAGGCUAAAACUUACAGAACAUUGGAUGGAAAGACUCUGCAAUCUUAUUGAUGAGGCCUUUCUCAUGAUUUUACCAAGCCUAGUGUUACUAUUUACAGUUGAUAUUAUAAAAAUUGAAGCAUUGAAUAUUUUUUCAAGUCUCGGACAAAGAUUGGUAAAAAUGUAUACAUACUCACAAUUAUGUAUUCUGUUUGAUCAAGAAUCUGUACGGGAAGCUAUUCCUGCCAGCGGUGCAAUCGAACUUGCAACAUGUGGCUCAUCCGAAUUAAAUGCUUUAUCAUUUUCGGCGCCAUUACGGUCACCACCCGAAAACCAUUUAUCUAGUGAUCGUAUUAGCAUCGCAUCAAGAUCCUCUUCCCAGGAUAAAAGUGCUAGCACAAGUACACCUAGGUUUAUUGCAAAUUUGGAAGAUAAAAAACAAUUGAAUUUGAAUAGUGGGAUAUUACCAACAAAAGAAGUUACAACUGCAAUAACAGUGAACAAGACUUUUUCAUUGUUUGCAGGCGAAGGAGCUAGUAGAAAACUACAUGAUAUUAGUCAUCAAGUUGUUAGUGGAGUGUCCGUAAAAAAUGUUGCCGCACCUGUGAGGAAUAAUAGUUUACCAAGUACUGGAUCCGCUAAAAAAUCAAAACUUAAAGGAAUUAACCUGUCGUGGAGAACAAAGAGCUCAUCUAAUGAAGACUUAAAGAACUGGACUCGGUUUUUAUCAACAAAUUCAGAAGAAAUGUCGAACUCAUUACAGUUUACUUUUAAUGACUUGAAGCUUCGUACUUUUUCUGGGCAUUCGUCAGCUGUUCGUUCUUUUGACGUCAAUGAACAUGCUCGGCUAAUAGCCUCUGGUUCAAAAGAUCGCACAGUAAAACUUUGGUCAUUAGACUUUCAUAACGGAAUAGAAAACUCAGAUAAUGAACCAUUUUCUGAGUGCUUGAUUACAUACAAUGGACAUAGAAAGUCUGCAGUUAGUGAUGUUCAUUUCAUCAGUGGACGAGGUGGUGGUUGGGGACUUGGAGAUGUCAUUGCUAGCAAUGAUGGGCAGAUACAUCUUUGGGACCCAGAAACUGGACAAAUAUUGCAUCAAUUUAGAAAUGAUAGAGCACCAUAUUUAGCUAUCAAACCGAUAUUUAGAUCCAGAUCCCUUGUUAGUGGAUUAGGAGAUACUUCAAUCGC